AUGCGAAUCUCGCAGUUGGCUCGCACGCGAGCACCAGAACACAUGCCAAUCCCGAAUGCUAGACCCACCAAUGAUACCCCUGUCGAUGCAAAAGGAGUCGGGCGAAAGAUCCUCGGCCAGGUCUACGAGACCUACAAAACCGAGCUUGCUGGCAAAAGAUUCGCAUACGAUGGUGAGAAAAGCUUGUUCAGUGUGGGUCCUCUGCCUCACAACAAGCUCGAAUUUACUGUGGUCAUGUCCGAAGUGGGUACUGGGAAUCGUAGUCCGGAAGUUGAUGGUAGCCUAAGUGAAAGUGAGCGUAAGAGAUCAAGAAGGUGGCCUCAUACCAAAACAUACAAAGUGGCCAUUAACUUUGAUGCCAAAAUCCCAAUGUCUGAAAUAGCAAACAAUCUUAGUGGCCAUGAGACCAAACAUUUUUAA